UAAUUCGAAUGUGUGUGGUACAACAAACAUAAAUCAAUUAAUAAACAUAUACGGAGUAUUAGACAUCUCCAUCUUAUCCCAUGAGAAAUUAAGGAUCGGGGGUGUGAUGGAAAGGCACAUAAGCAAGAAAAGAGGAAGAAAGGAGGAAGCUUUACCAAUGAUCGUGUCGGUUAACAACAACAAUAACACAAAAAGGCUCGAGUUCACGUCGUCGCAGUCAUCAGAUGACAACAAUAAUGAGUUGUUGUUGGAUGUCGAGGUCGGCGUGUUUGAUUUUCCGUGGAUCAAAGAGGGUACCACUUCCACAAGAGGGUAUUAUGAUUACAACGACAAUUAUGAUGGCGUCAAUGAACGACGCGCUGAAUUCGACGACUUGUUUGGCAGAAAUUAUAUCAAUGAUAAUGAUGACAUCACCAAUAAUGAUGUCACUAACUCUCUGGCCGCCACCUCAACAUGUGGUGGCCUUCUAGAGUUUAGAAAUGAUCAUGAUCUCUUCUUUACCGAUCAUCCUCAUUUUAGUAACCAUUCAUCCAUGCGGACUUCUACAACCUACUUGAGGCCCGAUGGUAAUCACGGGGAAGAGUUGCGGUCAAAUCUAGAUGAUAAUGAUUACAAGCAAAAUGUUGAUGAAUUGGAGGGAACAUGGACUUCUCUGCUUGCUCAUCCCCUUGAAAAUAUUGUUAGUUUAUGAAAUAAUAAAAUAAAAAGGUGAAAAGAAAUGGUCAUCAUAUCAUGCAUGCACCAAAGUGACCAAACCAUUAGAAUUAUAGUACAUCCUCAACAUAUGCACCUUCUUGUAUUUUUUAUAUAAUUGCAAUACAAUACUUGAUUUAAGAACGUAACAAUGCACUAUUUUAA